UCCUGACUGCUGCACUGUGGUGGGAUGUAAGAGAGAUCGUCGGUUAUCACCUAUUUUUUCUUCUUAUAUAUUUUUUAGUUGUUUUUUUUUCGGGGUUCCUCUCACCCUAAUCCCUGAACAAUGUUCCUUUCUUUUCUUCCAAAUGCAAGCCUUGUCUUGCCCAAAUCUAGCUCAUCGAUGUGAAGUUCCGCACUCGGCAUUUGUCACAUAGAGGCUCAUCAAGCAAGAUUCAGAGAGAUGUAAAACCACGAGUAGCAGGCCCGCACUCUUGCAAAGCCUAAUUACGUUAUUCUCAGUCUGCUGAUACACCAACUGAUUUUCAAGGUUAGGCACCGACAAGAUUGAAGGGCGGCCAUGGCGAUCGGAGCCGGGUCCUCCGAAGUGCUUGGGGCCUUGGACAGAGCGAAGACACAAUGGUACCACUUCACAACUAUUAUUAUUGCAGGAAUGGGCUUCUUCACGGACGCAUACGAUCUCUUCUGCAUCUCAACAGUGGCUCGGCUGCUAGGGCGGUUGUACUAUUUCGACCCAAAUUCGCACAAACCCGGGGUUCUGCCACCGAAUGUGUCGGCGGCCGUGAACGGUGUGGCGCUCUGCGGGACCUUCUGCGGACAGCUCUACUUCGGCUGGUUGGGGGACAGGCUGGGUCGCAAGCGAGUGUAUGGUUAUACAUUGGUACUCAUGAUAAUCACGUCUCUUGCCUCGGGGCUCUCCUUCGGUAGUUCGGCCAAGGGGGUGAUGAGUACGAUGUGCUUCUUUCGGUUUUGGUUGGGCUUUGGAAUAGGUGGCGAUUAUCCUCUGUCUGCGACCAUAAUGUCUGAGUACGCAAACCAGAAAACUCGCGGUGCGUUCAUUGCUGCCGUGUUCGCCAUGCAAGGAAUUGGGAUUGUUGCUGGCGCAACGAUGUCCAUCAUUGUGUCGUCGAUCUUUCGGCGAGCCUACCCCUCUCCAGCAUUUGAGAUCAACGAAAUUGCGUCGACACCUCCCCAGGCUGACUACGUCUGGCGAAUCAUCUUUAUGUUCGGAGCUCUCCCCGCAAUUGUGACUUUCUAUUACCGCAUGCAAAUGCCGGAAACUGCUCGGUACACGGCAUUGGUCAUCAAGAACAAUCGACGAGCUGCUCAAGAAAUGGGCCGAGUGCUUCAAGUUCAAUUUGACACCAUUGUAGACACCCCCAUGGAAUACCAUCGAGUCAAGGAAUUCGGUCUCUUUUCCAAGAGGUUCAUGAAGCGGCAUGGCAUCGAGCUUCUGGGAUGUACAAGCACAUGGUUCCUAUUAGAUGUGGCCUUUUACUCACAGAAUCUAUUUCAGAAAGACAUUUUCACGUCUGUGGGCUGGCUGCCACCCCAGAAAACUAUGAGCGCCUUGGAAGAGGUUUUCAAGGUCUCCCGAGCUCAAGCUCUGAUUGCGCUCUGCUCAACUGUUCCUGGUUACUGGUUCACCGUGGCAACGAUCGACAUAGUCGGCCGCUGGAUCAUCCAGCUGGGGGGCUUCUUCUUCAUGACUCUCUUUAUGUUCAUGCUCACUUUCAUGUACCACGACCUCAGAGGGGACCCUUGUGGUGAUGGCAAGUACUGCGGCGGCAGCCAUGUCGCGUUCCUCGUGCUCUAUGCUCUGACGUUCUUCUUCGCCAACUUUGGCCCCAACGCCACCACCUUCAUCAUUCCGGCCGAGCUCUUCCCUGCCCGGCUGCGGUCCACAUGUCAUGGUAUCUCUGCUGCAGCAGGCAAAGCUGGCGCCAUUGUCGGAGCCUUCGGGUUCCUCUACGCCGCACAAGGGAAGACUCCAAGCAGCAGAGACAAAGGCUACCCCAACGGCAUUGGCAUUAAAAAUGCGUUCCUUCUUCUGUCCGUCAUCAACCUCUCGGGCUUCUUUUGCACGUUCCUGUUGCCGGAGACGAAGGGCCGGUCUUUGGAAGAUCUGUCGGGCGAGAACGACGAAGACCAACGAGACCUGCAUCACAUUGUCACAGAUCAUGGGAUGAAGCAACCAUGGAAUCUUGCAGUCCACCCCGUGUAGAUAAAAAGCAGCAAACCUGUUUCAAUGACUCCUGUCCUUGGAAAUCCCAAUUGCAUUGUUUUUACAUCACUUGUUUGUCGGUGUUCCAGCGCCUCUGCCAACGCCGUCUCCACUUGUCUUCCCUUCUCUGGUCCUCAUGAAUAUUUGCUGCCUGGUGAUGUGGAUUACAUCGUACAGCCGAUUCUGGACCUUCGGCAGUGUCGUGAUUUCUGGUGAUUUCUAUGAUGCUACUUUUGGACCUUUGAUUUGUCAUGGUCUUAGAUGAUGCGACGCUGCUGCUGCUGCUGCUGCUGCUGAAAAACUAAUGUUGGACUGGAUUGAAAUUGGGUGUGAGGAUCUAGUGCAGUGGAAUAACACUUAUGGAUUCUAUACUUUGUCAUGAAAAAUCAUAAGUGAAGUGACGAUGCCAUUGAUAAAAUUAUCGAUACAAUUCUUUCACGAAGAACAUAUUGUGAAGGGGAAUUUGUGGUUGUUCCUUGAUGAAGUUUAAAGUAGCAACCUUCGCUUUAAGGUGGUGCAGCAAGAUGGGGGACCAUGAAAUUAAUCGUCCACGGCUGUAAAACGUUUGAAGAGUGCAGUAGCCAAGCAUGUUAAUAACCAUUGCUCAUUAAUGAGUUACGUAGUAAUGUUGUGAAACACAGUACCACAUGUUACUUA